GCGGCUUACGAUACUCGUUGCUGUUAUAACUUCAACGUUAGGAGGAUAUACGAGAAAAAAUUAAACAACUUUAGCAUACUUUGUGUUAAAAUGUAUAAAAUAUAAAUAAAGUGUAGUGAAGUGACUGAGACUGAAAAGUGAAGUGUAGUAUCCGGGAUGUCGAGCGCACGGCGCGGUGUUGCCUACACCAUUGACAGUAUCCUCGGCCAUCGAGUCCCUAACAACGGUAAUGAUGGCGUGGAUAUGAAAAGCGAGAGCGUGCACUCAGACUCCGAGCAUGAACACGAGCAUGAUCAUGACCACGAGCAGGGCCAGGAGCGCGAACCAGAUAUUGACCCGAGCGCCGAACACACUGACCAUUUGGACAUGGAUGCUAAUAGACCACGCAAGCAGGUACGCCGCAGCCGGACCACGUUCACGACCUACCAGCUGCAUGAGCUGGAGCGCGCCUUUGACAAGACGCAGUACCCUGACGUCUUCACGCGUGAGGAACUUGCACUACGGCUGGAUCUCAGCGAGGCGCGUGUACAGGUGUGGUUUCAAAAUCGUCGCGCGAAGUGGCGCAAGCGAGAAAAGGCUUUAGGGCGCGAACAUGCUCCUUUCCUGCAUCAUGAUCACGGAGAAUGGGGCGGCGCCAGCGCACCAGGCGGUGAGUGGUGGUCGCUAGGACUCAGCGCAUUGCCUCCAGCGCCUUUGUGGCCUGAACCAGCAUUGGCUGCAUUACUCCACAGGUACGUCCUUCGUCUGCCGCCACCCGCCACUCACUCUCCAGUGCCACGAUCUCCGUCUCCUCUUCGCUCUCCGCCCCGCUCGCCGCUCCGCUCAGUAGGUACAGCCAGCGCACUAUCCGUUCCGCCAGAUGCGUUGCGGCUUCUACAUGAACGGUAUAAUCGCGUCCACACAUAACACCCGCACUCUGGCGCUUCUGAAACCGCCUCUAGGUAAACAACAUGAAGACACGAUAAUACAUAAUCAUCAUAAAACAUUUUUAAUAAAAAUGUUGCGGCUAAAGAUAUUAAAUUACUUAUAUUAACUGGUCACAAUUUAUAGUUUUAUUAUAUAUAUCUAAAAUAGACCUAUAAUUUUUCAUA